AUGGAAUUGUUGCCAGAGGGGCUUUUCAGGGCUGUGGGAGACAUGGGGCUUCUGUGGGGCCAGGUGGCCAACGUCCUGGCCUGCAGACACUGUGGCAACAGCUGCCUCCAGAGUCCUGGGAACUUGAUGACCCUCUUCUUAUUCAUAGUUUGGCAAAUCCGGAGGUGGCGGCAGCAGCUUGGGAAGUGGCCACAGCUUCAACUCUGGUGCUCUUGGGACAUGAUGCAAAGCAAGGGCCUAUCACUUCUGUCCCAUGUAGCUUUCCCUGGCCGCCCGUGGAAGCAAAAGUCAGAAGAGGAGGAAGAGGAGGAGGAAGAGGAAGAGGCUGCACCUGCGGGUCCACUGAAGCCAUAUUCUCCUCUCAGAGAAGUUCCGAGUGGGGAACAAAGCACCCUAACCACACCUCAGCCAGUCUGGGGUUCUGAGGCCUUCCCCACGUCCUCACGGACACCAGAGCAAAUAUCCACACAGCCCCUAAACCCUUCCAGAUCCUUCCCCACCUUCCAGAUCCUGACCAACCUACCAGUGAGGCACACGACAGCGUCAGGAAGCCAUGUGGAGCAGAGAAAAAGCCUGUUCUUCUGGGGUCCCCCCUCUCUGCACAGUGAACUCUUAGAGGCCACGUACCUGUGCUCAGGUGGCCCCUCUUCUCUACAUUUGUCUGCUAGUCCUUCCAUCUUCUUCAACAAGUUGUCUUUGCUGCCUAAGCCCAACCUGCUGCUUCCCCAGCACUACCCCCAAACCCAGCUUCCUAGCCCUCAAGUCCAUACUGUGGAAGACCUGGAAGGGCUGGCCCCUGGUUCUCAGCCACCCUCCCCUGCUGUCCUAUCCUUGGCCCUCCUCCAUCCCCCCAUGACAGAGCCUCAAGAAACAAGUGCCCUGGGAGAUCCACCUGGUUAUGAAACUCAACAGAGAACCACGAAACAAAAAGAGAGCCGUCAAGCUUCUGAGCCCCCAAUGCCAGCCCCCUGCCAAGCUCCAGAUUCUCUCUCAGAACCCCAGAAAGUCAACCCUAAAGGAAGCCUUUCUUCACCUAAGGCCUUCUGGGGAACCUUGGGGCAGAGAGAGAAUCCUCAGGCCUCCGAGUGUCCGGUGCCAGUCCGCUGUCUUCCCCCAGCCCCAGGGCCAGAACUCCGUGGAGGCGUCACCCUGGGAAAUCCGUCUGGAUAUGAGGCCUCAUCAGGAUGCAGAGAAAACUCAGGAAACCCCUGGGUCGUUGAACCCACAGAGUUCGACCUCAACCCAUGCUCAGUUCCUCUGCCAGGAAACCAUGAAACCAGUCUUGCAUGUUUUCCAUUAGGAUCUGAGGCCCCGUGGAAGGACGUAAAGAGAAGAGAAAAUCUUCGGGUCUCUGAAGACCCAGUUUCACCUCCCCACCCUCCCUCCUCUCUGCUGGAGUCCACAGGAAUGGAACCCCAGGGAGUCCUGCCUGAGUCCGAAGCUUUGUGGGAGACCAUGGGGAACAGAGACAACCUCUGGGCCUGUAAGUCCCCAGCCCCUGCAGGCAGUCUCCCUCUAGCCCCGCUUCUAGAGACAGACAGAAUGAAUUCUGUGGGAGGCCUCCCAGGACUGGAAGCUGCGUGGAAGGACACUGGGCCUCCGUCUCUGGUCCUCAGCCCACCCCCAACUCCUGUACUGGAGUCCUUCGGAUCAAGCCCCACAGGGGCCCUGUUUGAUCCUGAGAUUACUUGUGGGGUCAUGCAACAGAGGAAGGACUCUUGGACCUCGGAGCUUCCAGCUGGCAGCUUAGACCAAGACCCACGUGGAGCCAGCCCGCAAGGAAUCCUGUCAGACGCUGGGCUUGUCCGGGAGGUCGUGGAGCAUGAAGAGAGCUGCUGUGCUUCUGCGCCUCCAGUGAGGAAGCCCAGUACAGCCCCAAACUCUGUGUCAAAGUCCCACAGAAUCGCGGCUACUGGAGAUCAGCGGGUCUCCACGCCUGAGGGCUUGGUAGAGCAGAGAGAAGACCCAUGGGCCACGGAGCUGCUGGCCUUGGCCCACAGCUCACUCUCCGCCCCCCCAGCAGGGCUGCACACCGCCCCUGAGUGUGUGUGGAGAAACGUGCGAGGGGUGGCCUCCCAGGCCUCCAGCCCCCGCGCAGGGGACCCGCUGCAGCCGGUGCUUGGGCUCCCCACUCUCGCUGAGGCCCUGAAGACGAAGCCCAGCCAGCCUGACCCACUCCAGGGAGAGGGAGCCCCGGAGGCUAAGGCAGAGACCCCACCCUCCUGGGACAAGGCUGUCCCAGAGAGGCCCACCCACCUGGUCCAGGCCUGGCACUGGAGUAGGGCGUUGGAACGGAGGCUGAAGGACCUGCAGCAGAGCUCUGCUUCCUCAUCCCCCGGCCAGCGCCGACCACUUGGCAGCUCUCCUGCCCCCAGCCCUCCUACUCCAGGCUCCUGGGAAUACUCUUCCUGCCCCCCACAGCAGACUCGGCCUCCCAACCCGUGCCCCUGCUCUUCAAGUUGCCAUUUCCAAGAAGCUCAGGGCACAGCACCUCAGCCUAUCUCCCACUGUCAACACCCGCAGUCCAUUGCCCAGCCUCAGUCACCAGGGUCUGGCAGAACAAGACAAAAUUCUCAGCGAGAGCAGAGUAUGAAGAGGAAUAUGGUGGCCCGGGUCGCCUCCCAGGAGCCAGGUGUUUACUUGGCAGCUGGUAACAAGUGUCCAAGCCUAGGAGCGCCCUCAAACCCUACGGUUCCAGCUUCGGACAAGAGGCAGAACAAGGCUUCAGCCAAGAACACGGAGCAUCCCAAGAAACCCAGAUCAGGAGACCACGGAGGAGGGGAUGCGAAAUUGAGGUCCUCCAGGGUCACAGGAGCGAGCCAGCUUGCCCAGGCCAAAGCACCCGUGGAGGGCCCUGUCGGCAGGCUGUCCCGAAGGAUACUGCUGACCAAGGGUGAGGAUGCAGGAGGCAAGCUGGUGCGAUCCCACUUCCUCCAGGAUUUCACAUUCAGAAGAGGGCCUUAG